AUGAGCGAGGCACCCCUGCCGGCGAGACAGCUCGUCAAAUAUGUCGCACGGUGCUUCUACACCGGCUAUCCAGUCGUCAUCCUCGACUUUCUCACCCAGCAGCCCGUCAUCAAGGACGAAGAUCUGGCGGCUCUGCUGGGCGUCACCAGGAGCGAGAUGGUCAAGCAUAUGUCCAAGCUGCUCGGCCAGCGGUUGGCAUGCGCCUAUGCACGCAACGAGGUCAGGCCAGGUGGACUAAAGGCAGUCGAGCGUACAUACUACUUCAUCGAUUACAAACUCUUCAUUGAUGUCGUCAAGCUGCGUCUCUACAAGAUCGGCCAGCGCAUCACUGCCAUCUCAGGCAAUGCUAUCGAAUCGCAAGGAUGGUACUGUCCUCGCUGUAAAGCGAAUUACAAGAUUGAGGAUGCAGGCGAUCUGUUGUCCUAUUCUGGCCAGAUGAUCUGCACUGUCACCGGCUGCGAGACCCAAGUCAUCGACAAUGGCAGUGCAGAGGAGAACAAGAAGCAUCAGAAGACACAAGCGAGAUUGCAGGCUCAGACUGCUGUCAUACAAGACUGGUUGAGAAAGACAGACACCAUGACUUUGCCUGCCUUCGAUGUGGCCAACUGGCUCGCCAUCAAUAUGCCUGUCAGAGGCUCUGCCAGCGAGCUGCCAGAUGCGCAAGGCGGCGCGCAAGCCUCUGAGAUCAGGAUCGAAAUGGGUGCAGCCGGCUUGAAUGCCGCGCAAAAGGCUGCUCUCGCAGCUGCCGAAGAACUCAAAGCACAACAAAACGCGUUGCCGGUCUGGAUAGCAGAAUCGACUGUUGCCGGCCUGGACGCUACUGCGCAAUCAGCGGCCUCAACUUCAGAGAAUGCUCUCGCCUCGCCCACUUCUCCUCUGAAGUCUCCCGAGGGCAAGCAAGACGCAAAACCUGCCGCGGAUGCAGAAUACGAAGCCUACUAUGCUCGUAUGCAAGCUAGAGAUAGCUCAAACACGAUGCAGUCGCCAGAUGUGGCUUCGCCCACGAGAUCAGCGCAGAGCAGCAUUGCUUAUGGCAAGCGGCCUCUCUUCGAUGCGCCGGACGCAGCAGACGCAAAGCGGUCAAGAAUUGAGGAAGAGGAGGAAGACAGCGAUUCGGAUGCACCGCCCGAGGAGACCGACCAUGCAGAUUCUCUAAUGGUCGUGGUCGACGGCGAGGAGCAUCCGUUUCAAACGGUAGUAGACUCGCAAGCUUUGCAAGACGCGAUGAGGCCAGACGAAUACGACGCCUUCAUGGAGAUCUAUGCGUCCCAAAGCUAA